AUGAGUUCGUUCCUCAUGAAUCCGACCGCCGGUGGCUACCACCAGCAGCACCAACAGCCCAGUCACCACUUGACGGCAUCUCCCGUCGUGGUGGAUCCGAAAUUCCCCCCAACGGAGGAGUACAGCCAGAGCAACUACAUUUCCUCGACGAGCGACUUCUUCAGCAGCGGACACCACCUGACACACCCCCAGUCGCAUCAGCUGCAGUACGGAUACCACCAGCAUCAUCAUCAGGCUGCGUCGACCCCUUACGGUGCAGCAUCGGCGGUUCCGCUGAACGGCGGCUACGCGAGCUACGGCAGCUACUACAGCCCCCAUCCUCACCACCAGAUCCACCCGGUCCACCACCCCAGUCUCCAUCAUCAUCAUGCUGUGGGCGCACUGGCGAUGCCGCCGGAGGCCCAACAGCCCCCCCUGACCUGCCCCCCCUCGAUGCACAAUCAGCAGUCGCAGCAGCAGCCGCAGCAGCCACCGCCGACGACGGUCCUGGGAUCAACCGCGUUAUCCCCGAAUCUGUUAACUAGUCAUGUACCGCCACCCGACGCGCUCCAGCAUCCGGGGCAUCCUCCGCCACCGCAGCAGGGCCAGGGACAGUCGACGCCACAACUCGACAGCAAUGUCUGCAGUCCGACGGGGACGAACUCCUUGCACAGAGACAACUCACCCGAUCUCAAUCAAUCUAAUCAGCAUUCCGCGCACAUGCAGAACACGCAGUCAACGGGACCGCAUCAUGACGAUCCGUCCGACCAAGACGACAUGGACGAUGACGCCAUCGACGGCUCGCCCCAUAUGAUGGAUGACGAGGAGGAGGAGAACGAAAAUGGCGAACGCGUUGUUUAUCCGUGGAUGAAGAAGAAUCAUAUCGCCGGCGUCGCGAAUCCAUCCUACCAGCCUGGUGUAGAGUCCAAACGCCAGCGAACAGCGUACACAAGACAACAAAUACUCGAGCUUGAGAAGGAGUUUUAUACAAAUCGAUACUUAACAAGACGACGGCGAAUCGAGAUUGCCCACAUGCUGACCCUGUCGGAGCGUCAGAUCAAGAUUUGGUUUCAGAACAGACGGAUGAAAUGGAAGAAGGACAACAAGAUGCCAAACACAAAGAACGUCAGGCGGAAAAAUGCCAAUGGCCAGCCGCAGGCUAAGCCGAGCAAGGGAUCCAGUCGUACCAAGUCAGGUGGUGGUAACAAUAACAGCCAGAAGAAGAACAACAACAAUUCACCUUGUGAGUUUAAGCUGGAGAAUACGAGUCUCGAUGGUAGUCUAGAUAUGAGUGAUUUUCACGGUGUCAGUGCUGGCCUUCCGCAUCCUCAUGGCUCUCAUACGAAUUUCCAAGGCCAUCCGCAUUCAUUGACACACCUUCAGGCCCAGCUGAGUCAUCUGCAGGCUAAUGGAAUGAUGGACAGCACUGGUGGAUCAUUGGGGCACAUGAACUCGGGGAGCAUCAGCCCUCUGGCGCCCGCAACAAGUCCACCAGGAAUUUCAGCUGCUGUUCCAACGACUGUCAUCAAAUCGGACUAUGAUCUAACAGCACUGUAACGUCAGCAGACGUCGCCAUUGCCUGGAAAGCUCAGCGACCUGACCAAUUUCGUGGAUGUCAACGAUGUGGCACCGUCUUAUCAGUGGCUCUGAGACAGCUGUUAUCGGGACAAAUUUGAUCCAGUGAAUUUUAGAGUUAUUAGUGUACCAAUCAAUGCUCAUUUUGAAGAUUAGAAGAAUGUGUGGGGGCUAUUCUGAAAAUGUCGGAGUGGGUGAAUUUCUGUGGAAAUGCAUUUGCAAAAUGUGCCAUUCUGAGACAUUGACUAAUACUUGUAUUUGAAGCUGUGUCGAUUCUAGACGUGGCGAGGCCAGUUUCUGAUGAUAAUGCAACAGUACCCGUGUUUAGAGAUUCUGAAAAUUGUAGUUUCUAGGUUUUAAUUUUCAUGAAAUUGUACAUACGUACUCGGUUUAGGUGUAAAUAGGUAGAUGUAAAGGUAACAUGAGUGGCAUGUUCAUAUUUACGUUCAGGGGGGCUAGGGUACUACGUGUGAUUUAAAAUUUGAAAAAUUUGUUCGUCUCGGAAAUUCAAUCGUUGAUAGGACUUUGUGAAAGUUUAAGGAUAGAUGCGAGUAAGCGGCAAUAAAUUCCAUUCAGUCAUCUCCAUUUUCGUUCACAUUUUCGAGGAAAUAUAUUGAAUACUGACGAUUCACGUUUGAAAAAGUGAUCGCGCCAUCAAACAUGGAAUAAUCUCGAUAAUAAAUGACUACGAAAAAAUAUUGAAAAAUCUUCAGAAUUGACUUGUCACGUUUUAUCAUUUGAACGUUGAUUAAACUCAAAUGUAAAUAUCUACAAGCGAAAUCAGUUGUAAAUAUCACUGUUUCAAAUAGUCAUCUAUUUUUAUCAAAAAUAAAGGAACAUGAAUAACGACCAAUAGUGUAUCAACCGUAAAUGAAAAUAAACUUUGAUCGAGUAGAUGUCAAAUGAUCCCUAAAUGCACAUUCGCUGUGACGACAUACCAAAACAAUACCAUAGGUGUAAUACAAAUUAGCGUCUAAGCCGAAACAUUAUACAUAAUAGAGUAUAAACGUUGAAUUCCUGAUAAUGAUUCAGUAUAAUUAGCGUCGAUUAGUCGUAGCACGAGUCGCUGAUUCUAGAGGGGUUUCGUGGUCGUUAUGCGUGCGAAAAAUGAAUACUUUUACCUUAAUUCUGUAUAUAGAGAGUUGUAACAUAAGUAUAUAAUGAUGGUUUCAAGAGGACACGCGAUAGUGCUUAUGUUCAUAUGAAGAUAUUCAAAGUUUUAAAGAUUAAAGAACAGAAAUUGAGGAAAUACAAUCUUAAUGUGAAUAAAUAACUGAAUAAAUGUUUCGUAAAUUUAA